AUCCUGUGAUGUGUUUAAUGGAGCUGACUGGUGCAUCAAAACCAAUCACAACUUGAAUAGUAAAAGCAUCUUUUCUGCAACAACAUGGACGGAAAUCAAAAUAACUACUGGGGGCACCAAGAACUGCACAGGUAAACAAAUGCUUCUUAAAUAUAUAAAAAAAAAAAAAAAAAAAACUGGUAUAUUUACGGCAAAUAGCACAAUGUGUUUUAUUUGGAAAAAGCCAAGAAAAAAUCUUAAUAAAAGCAUCAGAUGAAAGCUCCCUUACACAGAUAAAUACAACAUGCGGUACAAAGAAAAUAAACAGUAUGAGUGAAAGCGAUGUAACAUGUCUGGUAAAUCAGGGUAAAAGUGUUUAAAGAUUUCUUUUAACCUCUAAUACGGAGAGUGGAACAUAUUUUCUGUUAAACAAUGCAUUGAUGUUGUUGUUCAACACAAUAACUGACAGAAGGUUACAUGCAGGAAUCAUUGACAAGCUUCCACAUCUCUGCGUGGAUUUCUCAGCCUGUUUUGCUUUGCAGAGUGUGCUUCGGCCUGAGUGCUGACAUGGAGCCCAGCCUGAGGGAGCUUCAACAACAACAAAUGGCCAAGGAGGUUAACUCCAGCAUCUCCGUCCGCUUUCCUGCUUUCUACUUAGAUAAUUACCACCUAACAUCGGGUAACGUUCUGCAGAGCUGCGAGGGAGACCAGGUGGUCCCUUCCUCCCAGAGAAGAGACCGUCAGAAAGAGGCCAAGCCCCUCCCGCCGCUGCCUGACCCUGAAGACCUUCUGUCGGAUGAAGCUGCAGACAGUGAGGUUGAAUUCUUUACCAGCGACCGCCAGCCUCUCCUGCCCAAAAGCUGCCCAAAGGCAAUAACUGGAGGGAGCUACAAAGACUGUGGUCAGGUAAAUCACGCCUACCAGGGGAGCUUACUGGGGAUCAGGGUUGCUGGAAAUGACUCCAUCGCUUUCUCUUGGCCAAGCAGAGAGGACAGACCACUGGGUAGAGGAAGCAGAAUUGCAGCAAACAACUUUAACUUUGGGUACUUUUCUCAUGCAAAAAGAGACAACCAGGAUGAAGUGUUCCCUUUUGGAGACAAACAGUCAGAACAACCUCAAUCAUCAUUCAGAAACCGACUUUCCUGUCCUCCUCAAGCCCAUAUGAACUACCAGCCUACAUCCCCGGAAAAACCUCAAAUCCCACCUCGUAUCCCCAUCCCGCCUAAAUCCUCUGCUCUCACAAAGCCAGUAAGCAACAACGAGGACGAAAAGCCCCCCAAAAUCCCUCCAAGGGUCCCUUUGGUCCCACCCUGCCCACCACGCACUCCGAGCCCCAAAAGCCUCCCAAUUUAUAUCAACGGAGUGAUGCCUGUCACACAGAGUUUUGCUGCUAAUCCAAAUUAUGUGAGUAAGACUUUACAGAGACAGCAGAGUGAAAGGGCACCGCCAGCUGCACAGUUUUCUCCCUGUAUCGUUCCCAUUUUGAAGGAUGGCAAACAGGCCAGCGCCACACAUUACAUUCUGAUGCCGCCGGAGCGGCCCGCUCACACCGAGAGACGGGGGAGGCUCCUGAGUGAGCCCAACAGGCCAGGAUGUGUCUGGCAGAAAAGAUAGAAACCUUCCAAUGGACACAAAACAGUGACUGACAUUAGGCAUGGGCCGGUAGGAGAUUCUCAUGGUAUCAUUUUUUUUUUAAAAACACAGUUUUGUGGUAUUGAUAACAAAAUAUCAUAAAUUUAGUUUCUGUACAAUUUAGUUUUAUAAACUUCUUGUGCAGAAAUAAUAUCCAUUUUUGCCAUUCUGCCCUUCAUAGAGUAACACUGGGAGACUACAAAGCUGACAUCAGCUGUUUAUUUAGCCGGGCAGUGUACCAUGGUUUCUAAUACAUUUUUCAAGUAUUAGCUUUUAACUGCUAAAAUAGUAGUCCUAUAUGUAGGUUCUACAAAUGCUGAAACCAACGUCCAAUUUUUAAGUGUGGUUUAGCAUCAUUUCACUGCUUUUGAGGAAUCUGGACUAUGAAAAAAUUGGAAGCAUCCUAAAAUACAAGGAAGAUCUUCAAAGCACAAUUUGUAAACUUAUAGGAUUUUCAUCUUUUACAAGUUUGAAGACGAGAGAAUAGUUUGGAAAAUCAAACUUUUUCCAAACUCACAUUUUUUUUUUUUUUGUCAUUAGAUAAGACAAAUUUUCAGAUAACAUUUCAGAAAUUUCCUUAAAAGGGGUAAGAUGCACAUCAUAACUGACGUAAUUUUUGCUACUAGUUCAUUUGCAAGGCAAAUGUUUAGUAGCCUCUUUUCAGCCAGCUAACUGGCAGUGCAAAGCAACAGCUAGGAGAGGGGGGAGUGCUGCAUUAUUUAAUACUCCAGAUAGAAUAAAUUCUGGUCACUCCAGCACUUUCUCUGGAAUCUCAUUAAAAGGACUUUAAACCGCAAGAACGUUAUGACCGGUUUGGAAGCCGUAACUUUUUAAAACCGAGGUAAACCUUGGUACCAGCGCUGGCCCAUGCCUGCCUGACAUCUUUAAUGUCCACACAAUACACUGCUGUACUUAUGUUCAUUUCUGUUACUCAUUUAUUUUAUUUUGUUUCACUGUGAUGUUUUUGACUGAAUAUCUUACCGGUCAGUAUUUUUAGAGGCAUUUUUUUUACUGUUCACCCUAUGACAAUUAAAGUACAGCACUCAGUAUUAGAGUAUUUCCCUAGUAGUGCAGGAAAAAUACUUACCUCAUGGAACAGUUUUCACUAAUAAGUAUUUCUCAAUAAAUUGCAAUAUCAGUUAUUUCAGAAACUUAGUUUUAAAAAAUAAAACCAUAUCCAUCACUUGGCACAGAGUGAUAUAUUUCAGGUGUUUGUUUCUGUUCAUUGAGAUGAUCCUGGCUUACGGUUAAUGAACACUCAGUAUUCAGUUUCUCAGGAUUUUACAUCAGACCAAUAGGUAAAAGAUUUUUAAUACUUUCCAUUGGUGUGACUCUUUUUGCAGUGACUUUAGCUACAGUCCACACUUUAUUAAUCUCCCUAAAAUCCAUAAAUGGGACUUCCUCUCAAGGCUGUGGGUUUCCUUGCUACAUGUGGACCUUUUGCUAACGUACUUUUUCCAUCCACUCAACUUUCUGCUAGUAUACUUGCAUAAAGCACUCUGGGAAAAGCCAGCUUCUUUAGUGAUGACCGUUUGUGGCUUACUCUCCUUGUGGAAGUAGGCAUUCUUCCUUGUGAUUGUGAAGGUCAUAACAAGAUAUUUAUAAAUUAAAGCAUUUUUAUAUAGUUUUAUGUAAUAUUCUUAUCUGACAAAUCUAUUAGUGGUUUUAAUUAACUGUAAGCUAUAAUUAUCAAAAUAAAAAAGGGGUUAAAUAAACAUUUAAAAUAUAUCACUAUGUGAUGAAUCUGUUAAUUACCUUUUGAACCAAAUAACUGAAAUAAAUGAGCUAUUUAAGGAUAUUCUAUAAUGUUAAGAUGUACUUUUCCUGUAGUUGUUUAUGUGUGAUCACUGAGUAUUGUUUUAUCCUGUUUUAAUGCCACUAAAAUCAACCUGAAAUAAUACUGUUUUUCUUAAGAGAGCAAAUAAUUAAAAGGAACAAGCUGGGCUUGUGCCUGUAUGCUGAUUGUACAAGUUGUUUUUUAUGAUUUGUAUUUAUAAGUAAUAUUUUGCCAAAUCAUUUCACACAUUUGGAGUUAUGGUAAAUGUGACAAUUAAGGGUACGUUUAGUAAACAUUACCUGUGGAGCUACAGAAAUAUUAGCUGUCAUAUUUUCAGAUUUGGAUUUUGGAAACGGGGUUUCUUAUUUCUAAUCUUUAACAGAUUUUAACAUGUAACAAUCUAACUUGUUGUAUUUUGCUGCAUUAGCUUCCAACUAGCGCAUAUUCUACUGAAAGGUUCAGACAUCUGAAGAGAAAAAUCUUCACCUAAAGUUUAAACGAAGUUAAAAUGAGGAAUCACUGCAUUUAAUUUUAUUUUACAAUAUACUUCUUUCUACAUAUUUCCUAGUUCUCCAGGUUUAUUGUUCUGACAAACGAGGUAUGUUUAGCUCUAAUCAGCUGUCACAUUUAGGAUAAUCAUUUAUUCACAUUUGUAAAUUAAUGUUAACAUCUGUUUAGUUGAAAAGUUAACGGUCCAUGUUGGAUUUAUUUUGUAAAGAUCUGUGGAUGGAGAUGAAAUCACGUUACGUUUACACUGCUGAAGUUCACUCAUGUUUACAACCUUUGUUACACCGACUUCAUGGAAGUUCUUAUGAAGGUUCGACAUGGAUCUGGGCCCUAGAAAGGCUGCAGAUUAUAAUAUUGUUUUAUGUUAUAUUUAAUUAAAUAAAUAACUUAUUCAUUG